UUCAUUUUUUGCAAAUACAAAUCCGUGACAUUUCAAAAACCUUGGCGAUCUGAUAACACAAUCUCUCCCCAAAAAUCUCACAGUAAUCAGGUCAUGCGAACUCGAUUUAUCUGCACAGAUUACUUCAAUUCCACUCCAAUUUCAGCUCGCGAUUUCCUCCGCCUCCCUCUUUCGCCUCUUCUCACUGACCCGAACACCUCUAAAUUCGAAGACAUUAAUUUUUCUGACGGAGUUUCUACUCUUAGUAUCGAUGUCGAAAUCGAGAAAUUUCCGAUCGAGGCAGCUCUCUCCAGCUUCUUCGCCGAUGUCCUUCCGCACAACAUUGAUGUUGAACUCUCUGAGUUCGCAGAUCCUCAGCCUUUCGCUAGUUGCAGUUCCGAGGUGCAAACAAGCGAAACUACGAACUCAGAGGGGACUAUUGUUUCCUACAGCAAGGGGAAAGACAAUCUUGAAAUGGUCCAACUUGAAAUUCGGGUGCUGGAUACAUCCUGGCUUCCAUUGCUAGAAGACAUUCCUUAUUUUGGAAAGGAGAACAUGUCAAUUCCCUCUCAUUCGGAUGGUGAAGAUAAGUUGGAUAUGCCCGGUCUUGAAGUUUGGCUGCCAGAUUCCCCUGAGAUCCUGCAAUCAAUUUGUUUAGUGGAUGACAUCUCUUCUGUGGCUUUACUGGAGAAAAGUGCUGAUUUGAUGGAAGAUGGUGCUUUCUGUCAGGGGCAAUAUCAUUCUAGUACAGAUGUCUUUCCUCAUCUUGAAGUGGAUGAGGCAGGUUUGGUUAUUGUCAGUGACAAAUCUGUAAAGGAGAAAGUUCUAAGCAUUGAAAAUAUUGAGCUUCACUGUGAGACGCCAAGAAGUGAAGGAAUGGGUAGCAGCAAUGAGCUUUUGGGUUCCACAAAGUUUGACACAUUCCAACACCUAUCAGAUAGUAGUUUCGCAAUGGGCUGUUGUGAAGUUGAGGUUCCGUGCUUGAAUUUCUCUGCGGAGAUGGAUUUGAUAAGUAUUAUUGAACUUGAGAAAAACUCAGUGAUCCAUGAAAGCAUAGAAAAUGAUGGUCUAAUAUGGGUAGCAAGCCCAAUCAUUUUUGAUGAAUUGCAGUUCUUUGAUUCAGACCUUUUUUCUUUUCGUGAAUUCCAGUCUGAAGCAAAAGUAGAUAUCGAUAAAGAUACAUGUGACCUGAUGUUGAGAGAAGCCGAGAAUUUCAGGAACUUUGACGAAUUGCUUGUUUCCCGUGAGCUCAUCCCUGUGGAUAAUUCUUUCAGAUCAUUUCCUGUGCCACCAGUUCCUGAGAAUGGAAAUGUAAAGUCACUGUACUUGUGUAUUAAGGAAAUCCUAGCUGAGUUUGAGCCGCAGUCUCCUUCCAUGUCCGAUGGGUUAUACUUAGAUUGGCCUUUUCUGGAAGAAGAGAAAUGCGAGUAUCGAGAAGACUGUUUCAAUUUGUUGAGGGAGAUAGAUGCUAACGACAUUGCCUUUUGCUUGAACUUCAGUGACAAUGAGAUGCUUGUAUCGGACUAUUUUUUCUCAAGUGAUAGUCCACAAGAACCAAACAGAGCGGAGAGCAAGGAAAUGCUGAGUUUACCUUCUAAUGGCAUUCCUAUACCUCCCAUCCCUUAUAACAUAGAAGUGUCAACUAAGUUGCUGAAUGAUGGGAAGUUCCCAACUGAAGGAGUAUCAUCCCAAUGUAUUGCUAGAAAAGCAUCUUCAUUUGGUGACUCCAGGUCAAAGUUUAAUGAUCUUGAUUUUUUCUUAAAUCGAAAGGAGUAUAGUAGAGGCAAAGAUUAUAAACCAGCUGACAGUUCAAUUGAUACUAGUGGCAUGGACCAGAUCAGUUUCCUCUCUUCUUCUGCUACCACAUUAUUGCAACCUCAAUGGAAUAUCAGGGUGCAUCAAAUAUUGUUAUCUACUGAUAUUCUACUUCUAAUUGAUGAUCUUAAGAAGACCUUUUUAGCUAUCUUUGAAAGACAGAGAGAGUUAAUUGAGGUUCAGGAUCCAUCUCAAGCUGUGGACGAUGAUGCUAUUCUUCGCCUUCCAAAGAAAAAGCUCAUCAAUUUAAUUAAGAAAAGAGGCAUAUGCAGGUCAUCUUUGUCCCAGGAUGGUGAUAAAACGAUGUCAUUGGUCACAUUGUCUGCAAUCAAACAGAUGGUUUGGUACCUGUGCUACUAUGAUCUGCAUACAACCUAUCUAUACAUAGAAAAGUUAUCCAGGAGCUUGCAGGGAUUGGAAUCUAAACUUGAUUUCAUCUACAACAUCGUAAAAGAUGUGCAUCAGAAGGGUGAAAACGAUAUACAUAAGUUCCAUCCAUCGCUAUCCGUUAUCAAGGAUAUACUGGAGACAUUUAAGAGCAAGGAUAGUUCAAAGAUAUUAAUUGUGGCUGAGCCAGUGUUCUGGUGGUCAUUGAAGAAACUAUUGACGUCCAUGAAUAUUGCAUUUUUUCAACAACAGAAUGGACAGAAGGAUGAUUUUUACAAAUUAGAAGAUGCCAGCAUGCAAAUGAUUCACGAAUCAGACUGCUGUUUAGUAACCCAUGAGCAUCUGUUUGCCUCAUUUCCAUUUGAGAAAUUUGAGAUUAUCUUGGAAUAUGGAGGUUCACAAGAAUCAUCUAAAGUAUCUUCCAUCUUGCCAAAGUCAGAUAGAGUUCCUCCCCUUCAUUUCCUUAAGGUGGAGCUGGAGGACCCCAGUGUUGCAAAAGCUCUUUGUGAUGGUGUUGACAUGCCCAACAUUAAUGAAGCUAGUGUGGCAAGUCUCUUUCCUUCACUCGACUACGAUCUAUUUCACUAUCAGUUUGACAAAUAUGAGGAAGGAGGUCCUCACUCGUGCUCUACUCUCAAUGAGAUUGACGUUACCUUUGAAGAACUGCUAAAUUACCUUCCAGUGGAAAAGAACUUGAAGGGUGGGAGCAUGGAGGCAUUACUGGGAAAUGAAGCUUGCUCUACUGCAGCUGAAGAUGCAGUAUUCAGUUCAAAAUCUGAGCAAAAUCGCAGAAGCAUAGAUGGCUGUCCUGAGACUAUCAUUAUAGUUAACACACACAAUUUUGACACUGAAAUGGUAAUUUCAAGGAGAAGUACAUACCAAAAGAUUCUUGCAUUUGAGAAGAAAGGAGUUCAGGUCAUAGAGCGUGAUUUACGUCAGCCUGUCGAUAUUAUAGUUAGUGCAUCCACUUGCCUUGCUUGGUAUGACUGCAAAAACAUUGCAAAGAAAGCUACUGCCUCCGACGAGGCUUUCUCUUGCUUGCCUCAAUGUGUCGAGAAUAUUGCAGCAAAUAUUUUGACGUCACUCAGUUUUGCUUUCAGCGGCUGCAUUCUGGUCUUUGAGGGAGAAAGCAACUUUAUAGCCGGAAUUAUGGAGUCAUCUGAUGAGCUCUAUGCUGCUGCUGCUAGCUUGGGCAUGGAUAUACGGAUCUUUUAUUCAUAUUCUUCUAAAAUGACUGAUGAGAUCAUAUUAUCGUGCAUUGAACUUUCAUUGAGGACAAGCAGAGGACUUUAUCCUAAGAUGCUUGAGACACAAACACUGGCAGAAUCAUUCCUUUCUGCAUUUCCUUCAAUCAAUCCACUCUCAGCACAUGCAAUAUUGUCUUCAGCGGGCUUGCUUGUUGAGUUUCUGGAAUGGACACAUGAAUGCAGAAUUCAUGCAGUCCAGAAAUAUCAGGUUCCUGAUGAAAGCAUCACAUUACUGAGUGCUUUGAGCAGAUUUGGGGAGCGGGAGGAUUCUAAAUCGGGAAUGACAGAUUGCUCCUCUUCAGUUUCUUCUGCUCCGGGCUCUGAAAGUCUUCAUUUUAAAAGCAACUCUGUGGGGACGAAAAGAAAAACCACCUGGAAUAUUGAAAAUCUUAAUAUGCCUACAAAUGAGUUGUUUGAUUUUGAUCCACCACGAACAUUUUCUGAAGGCAGACUGAAUCAUCCCAGAGCAUCUGGCCAGUGCGAUUCUCGGAUUUCAGAAGAUAUCGACUUUUUUGAUGAAUUUGGGAAUUCUAGCUUAUCAUUUGACACAGAAUUGUGUGUUCAAAGACAGUCAUUAGACACCUAUGGGACAGAAGAUCUUUUUAAGGUAACUGAGCUCUGCGAUUAUCAGAUGAGAAAAGAUCCACAUAUGGGAGAUGAGUUAAAUAAACUUGAGGCUCCACAAAUUGAUGUGUGUUUGCAUCCAAGAGAGAGAGUUUACGUGGGUAUGAUGAACAAAUUGGAUAGAAAAAAUAACUAUUCAGGAAAUUUUAAAGAGGAUAUCACAGAUGAGGUUAUUGAUAUUGAUGAUACUCCUGCAAUUAGAAAAGCUUUUCGUAAUGCAAAAUACAAGUCCUUUUCUACCCUGGAGCAUGCAAUGGAAGGGUCCAAAACAGGGGUUCCUAAAGCUGCUAAAAAACUCUUUUUUGGAGCAAGUGGUAUCCAAGAAUUCCCAACCACUGUGGAUAUUGACUCUAGCCCAGAUGCCUGCACUUCUGUGAGAGACCUUGGACAAGGAUCAGGGCAAGGAAUGGGACAGCAUUUAAAUGCAGGUUUCAAUCAUAAAAAGAGUCAAAUUAAGCACAAGAAAGGUGUCACAGAAGAGGGUGUAUCUGAGAAAGUAAAAUGUUUGAGUGACCUGACUAUGCAAGACAAUAGUACAGCUUGUUAUGGCGAGACACCACUCUCAAGCGCACGUCAAUCCACUCGAUUGCAGCAAGGUUCACCCUGGACAAUUGAAUUUCUGAACAAAAUGAGGGAAAAGAGUCGGUCACGUCAGCAGUUUCUCCCACGUGACCUAUCAGCCCCUUGGUACGGAUACCCCGACAAAUCAUCAGAAGUCACAAAUAGAAAGAGUCCAUCUACUAUUGAAUUUUACAAGUAUCAAGGAAACAGUUGCCAAGAGGCAGGGACCGGGAGAAAGAGGCCUAAGAAAUGCAUACAGCAACCAGCAUCCACUACUGAGAAGGCUUCAGAUCGUCUUAUUCCAACAUGGACACCCAUUGAUAAGAGGGCAAAACGGGUGCUAUCAUUUGCAACAAAUGGAAAUGGAGGGCAAACUAACCUGAUAUGGAGUGAUAAGAACUCUCAUACAUUGGGUAGACGAUAUUAACUCUCUUUUAUGAGGUAUAUUGGGCCAAUACAACUGAGCUCAAGUAAGUGUCAGCUCAUAGAGUUUUUUUAAACCUUACAUUCCUGGGACAUUAAAUAUUAUCAAAUUACAUGAUCUUUUACAACUCAUAUUGCAUAAUUCUGCAAUUGCUGGUGUCGGAAAAAUGUCGUUUACCAUGUACCGAACCUCUUAUUUUUAAUCUAGUGAUAUACUUCUAUAAUAUAAACAUGUUAUGACUAGAGAAGCUAAUGUUGAUACUUGUAAACGG